AUGGCUCUAAAGGCGAGGACACUUAAUGACAUCCAAGGGACAAGCCCAGAAGAGCUUUUCCAUGACCCCUUGGGUCACUUUGCCACUGGAUUCUCUCUCGGUAUACUGCAGCGUAAAGGUCAGAAGAGACUGACCAGACACAGGGACACGUGGGACCCAUUCCAGUUAAACCCAGUUGGUGCUGAAAAAGAAAACAAGCGGCAAUGCUUCGUUCUGGCCCAGCACUUGGUAGCAGUGGUGGUUGGACUGUUUGUUUUGGUGUCGGCCUUCUUCAGUAAGGCCUCUCUUCUCAUUCUGAUGACCUUUGCCAGCCAACAGUCGCUGAAGAAGGCAGACUGGCCUUUUUAUCUCCUCAUGGUGGCGUGCACCUUAGUGGUGCCCAAUGUGCUGAUUUUCGUAAAGUCUCUGUGGAAAUGUCUCUUUAAAAGUUUUUCCACUCCUAGAAUGAAAACAUUGGCACUGGUGUGCCUGGUGGAAAUGCUGGUGUCACUGGGAUCUGCACUAGUGGCACUCGUCGCCAUGCCCCAGCUGGAUAUUCUCACCAAUCUCUUCCUUUCAGGCAGCGUUUGUUUUUUUUCUGCCAUUUUUCAGGCAACUAUGCACCUGAAACUGCAAAACUGGAAAAUCAUUUUCCCCAUUUGUUCUUCCGUGCUGGUGGUGAUUGGAUACAUGUUCAUGGGCGUGGAUUAUUUUAUACGCUCAAGUACUGACAUUGGCAAGAGCUACACUGACAAAUUUAUUGCCAUUGCCUUUGCCAUUUUUGGGACUGUGCUUGUGUCUCUUAACUGGUGGGAAAAUGCAUUUCGGGCAAGUGAAAGGAUGAAAAAUACACUGGAGGAGAUGGAAAAAUCUCGGAAUUUCAUCUAUUUGAUCUCCAGUAUUCUGAGGACAAUGGUUGUUGGUGGUGUUUUUGUGAUAUGUUUUAUCUUGAAUGGUGGAGACUGGCCCUACUUUCAGAAGAUCCCUAAUGACGUAAUGCAACUAGGAAUUGGCAUUUUCAUGCUACAAGCUGCGUCCUCGACUGUGUGUCAUUGGUUCGGAGUGGUGGCUUGCAAAAUCCAUGCGGUCAAGAGUAGCUUCGCUCUUCCCACAAUAUUCACCACACCAGCCAUACUGAUAGCGUUUUCGGUUGCUGUUACCCUGGAGUACGGUUUGGUGUUUGUUGGUGACGGUAUUAACAAGAAAUUAUUCUGCAGCCAGUUUUUGCGUUACCAAUCCAUGAACUCAACCAAGUUGGUCUUAGACCAAGUGGCCAAAAGCAUUUGCCAGACACCAGUGCUGGACACAAAAGAACCCUGGGGCACAGCUGUUUUGGGGCUAGAAGGCUUCUGCCUGUGGAUGGCACUUUUGUGCUGCACGUACUACAUAUGGAACUUGAAGCUUCACAAGAUCGAGAGAACCUCGAAAAUAUUUGUGCGGCGAAUGUAUGAAGCGGCCUUUCUUGAUCAAUCCAUGCUUCUAAACACCAGGAUGAAAAUCCCAAAUGAGCUGAAAAGGGAGUCUGAAGAAGAUGUGGAGAACUGUUUUAUUUACCUUUGUGCCACAAUGUGGCAUGAAACAUACGAUGAGAUGCUUAAGAUCCUUACUUCCAUGUUCAGACUGGACAGAUACCGAGGAGACCCAUAUGAAGAACACAAAGAUAAUUUUGAGUUUGAAUGCCACAUUUAUGUAGAUGAUGCUUUUUGGAACACUGACGGAGUCCGGCUCACUAAUACAUAUGUAAAUGAUCUCAUCAAUGUGAUCAUCGAGGUUUACAGGGUGUUUACUAAUAAAGAACCAGAUGAAGUCACUAUUUUUGAAACCCCAUAUGGUGGGAGAAUAUCCUGUGUGCUCCCAGAAGGAAAUAUGUUACAUAUACACCUGAAGGACAAGCAGUUGAUUCGGAACAAGAAAAGAUGGUCUCAGAUAAUGUACAUGUACUAUUUACUUGGUUGGAAGGGAUAUCUUUCCAAGAGACCUCAUAGUUUACAGACCAUUUCUAAUCCCUGCCGAGCCAGCCUGGUGUCGCUCUCCAUGAAUGACAACAUUUUCAUUUUACCUCAAAAUGAAAGUGACAACAAAAGGAAAUAUGUUGAUGAUGACAACACGUACAUCAUGGCAUUGGAUGGGGACACCGACUUUCACCCGUCUGCUUUGAUCCUCCUUGUAGAUCGACUCCGAAUGUAUCAAAACGUUGGUGCGGCCUGUGGAAGAAUUCACCCAACAGGAAUGGGACCAAUGGUUUGGUAUCAGAAAUUUGAGUAUGCGGUGGGCCAUUGGCUGCAGAAGACGGCCGAACACGUCUUUGGCUCGGUACUCUGCAGCCCCGGCUGCUUCAGUUUAUUUAGAGGCUCGGCACUCAUGGACGACAGCGUGGUCAAGAGGUACACGACAACAGCCACAAAAGCUGGAGAGUAUGUGCAGUACGAUCAAGGUGAGGACCGCUGGCUGUGCACCCUGCUGCUCCAGCAAGGCUGGCGAGUGGAGUACAACGCCGCCUCAGAUGCCUACACCAACGCUCCCCAGGAGUUUAAAGAGUUCUACAACCAGAGACGCCGCUGGGGGCCUUCGACGCUGGCCAACACCCUCGAUCUCCUCCACUCCGGACCGGAAACAUCCAGAAAAAACAGCUCCAUCUCCAUGUUGUACAUUUUUUAUCAGAUGUUAACGGUUGGCUCAUCCAUUCUGGGUCCUGCCUCAGUGUGCCUGAUGAUUGCAGGUGCUUUCUCUUUUGUGUUCAACUGGAAUCCAAACUUCGCCAUUAUGCUGGCAACUAUUCCGCCUGUGGUUUACGUCAUUAUUUGCUACACAACCAGUCCCGACUUCCAGGUGACGAUCGCUAGCAUCAUGAGUGUGUUAUAUGCAUUUCUGAUGACUGCAACCUUCCUUUCAAUUAUUGGUCAAAUGAUAGAAGAACAAACAUUCAUCACACCAUCCGGCCUGUUCCUCGUGUCCAUGAGCAUCCUCUAUUUAACAACAGCGCUGCUUCACCCUCAAGAGUUCACCCUUCUCAUUUACGGCCUCUUAUACGUCAUUUGCAUCCCCAGUGGCUACCUGCUGCUUACUAUAUACUCUCUGGUCAACAUGCACGUUGUGUCGUGGGGCACUCGAGAAACCAGCCGAGAUAAGGAAGAGGAGAAGACCGUGGGCGUCUUGUGCAAAAGAGACUGCAGCCUGUGCUGCUGGGACAUCAAGAUUGAAGUGAAUCAGGAGACGAAAAAUGUGGUCCUGCAGCAGCUCCAGAAGAGCAUCCAGCAGAGCAGCAAAGACCAGCAGCAGAGUGAACUGCAACCUCUCCUCAGUGAGAGCAACACAGAAGCUGACCAGGAGGAGGCAGUGGAGGAGAAGAAAAAGGAAAAGAAGAAGAUGCAGAAGAGCAAGCGUCACGAUAAAGGAAGGCUAGAGCAGGAUAUGGAUGAGGACCAAGGCAGAGAAUCGUAUGGCAGCGAUGAUGACACCAGCUGUAAAGAAGAAGAAGAAGUCAGAAGUCUAAAUGAUGAUGAAAGUCAGUCUGAACUUGAAACACAACCUGAAAGUCCUUGGGUUGGUCCUGUAAAAAUGGAAUUCCUGAAAAAGCUCACCACCGCAAACAUGAAACGGAACCUGGAGGAACAAAUCAAACAAGUACUGAAGGAUAACAAGUAUGAGGACCUGUGCAUCGAUAUGGUGGGGAUGCUUAACGAGACCCUGUUUAAUGAGAUUCCGGAAAAGUUUGGCCCAGAAGACAUCCCAGAUGAAAUCACCCUGGAAGAGCUACGGAAUUCCCUGCUGGCAACUGCCAAAAGAGUCCUGCAGAUGAAUGGCAUAGAAGGAAAACUGGACAGAAAGGUGAAGAAUGCAAUCAAGAAGACACUGAUGGCACCUCAGGUUGACAAGCUCCCUCAUGAUGAAAAUGAAUUUUGGAAAAAGCUAAUUAAAAGAUACUUGUUUCCCUUGAAUGAUGACAAGGUCAACAAAGAACAGGUUAAGAAGGAGCUCAUUUCCUUGAGGAAUAAGGCCACCUUCCUCUAUUUCAUUGUCAAUGUACUUUGGGUGGUCGCUACGUUUUUCUUGCAAGCCAUUGGGGAAGACAUCAGCAUUAAGAUUCCCAAGAUUUUCCCAAACGGCACAGUCGCCUACGGUGAAUAUCUCAACGUUGAGCCAAUCGGCUUCAUGUUUCUGCUGUCGUUUGCCUUCCUGCUGCUCAUUCAGUUCCUGGCCAUGCUCUACCACAGAGUGUACACCCUCAUCCAUGUGGUGUCAUACAGAUCAUCAGAAAAGGCGUACAAGGACAAAGACUUGUUUUCUGCUGAUGAAGAGAAAGAGGCAUUAAUACUCCGCCUUAAACCCGCGUCUCGUGUUUCGUCAGGCCUGUUGGCUGCUCCCCUAAUCACGUACUCCAUGUGUGACAGUAAUAAAGAAGAAUCGUCACGAGGCGCCAGUUUGCAGUCACUGCUUCUGCAUAUCAGGAGCCCCAUCUUUCCUGGAAGCGGGUUCUCCAAAGAGCGCCAGCUCUCAGAUGACAGCAUGGUCUACGAGAACCCGGACCCUCUACCGAUAGAAAUGGAUGUCAUCCUGUAG